AAUAAAUGAGUCUUGGGAAAUUAAAAUUCAAAGGAUAAUUUGGAGAGAAGCAAGAGAAAAAUGAAUUAAAGAUAAGAAAUAAAGUAGAACGAGAGGAACUUGCUUAAGAUGAACAACAAUUUUUAGAAAAGAUUCAAGAGAAAGGACCAGCAAAGAGAGUAGUGAUUGAUAAACCAUUAUAAGAUGGUUUAGGGAUGAUAUUUACAUCUGGGACAUCUGUGCAUGGAUAGGACACAUAAUUUUUAAAGCAAUUGGAAGCUGGAGAUUUCUUAGUGGUUCGGAAUGAAUAAACAUUAGAAAUGGAAUCUAGAGAAAUUUUAACAAUGUUGAAUUAAAAAUCUUUAUUAAUAAGAGAGGCAUUUGGUUAAGAUAUUCCAGUAUUCAAGCCUUAUUAAUUUCGUAAAAAACCAACAGUUGAAGAAAUGAAAAGUUUGGAGGAUAGAUUAGAAGAAAAAUUUGCAGGAGUGGCUAAGAAAAUACAUAAACAAAAAUAGACACUUGAGAUGCGUUAAAAGAGUGGAAUGUGGAGUUAUAAAACAGAUAAAAAGGCUGUGGAUGCAGAAUUGAGUAGAGAAGAUUUGGUUUUAUUGAGGGCUAAAUAGAGUAGAGAUAGACAUUGUUGGCACUGA